AUGUCAGUGGAUUCUGGUAACCGAAAUUUGUUGAAUUCCUCUACUGUUAGAAGUGGACGAGGUGUUAGUCCAAUGAGUCUCAGUGAUGCUGGAGAAACGCAGAAAGGUACAACAAAUGGUUCUACUUUUUCUGUAUAUCCAAGAAAGAAAAAUAAUCAUAUUAUUUAUCAAAAAUUAGGCAAAUUAGAUCCGUUGAGAGUAUCUCAGUUUGUUAACACUACUCAAGAGGGAGAUACCGAUUCUGUACAAGAGUUGUUAGCUAAACAAAAUUCAUCUAAAGAACACUUAUCUACAGUUAGAAGAGAAAAGACUCAUGAAGUUGAAUCAUUUAUGCUAGUAAAUUGUGCGAAACAUGUUCAGGAACCACAACGUGGUUCCAAUAUAAUGAAAGCUAUAGAUGACUUGGGAAAACUUUAUCCUUCUUUGUCAGGUAUUUUUCUGACCUUAAGACGUUAUGUGAAGGAUGUUACAUCAUCUAUUGAUGGUAUGCAGCAAUCUCACAAUUUGGAAAUAAAACAUUUGGAAGAAAAAAUUUACGAAAAGCAUGAAAAAUUCUUUGAAGAAAAAAUACUUCAACUUAUUCGUGAUAAGAGAAAGGCAGAAUCUGUAACCAAACAACUUCGUGAUGAAAUUUUAAAAUUAAGGAAAGAGCGAGAUGAAGAUCUUAUGAAAGUUAAAGAAACUGUUAUGACGCGAUUAAACGAUUGUGAAAGAAAAGAAGAUGAAUUUACUUCCUUUAGAAAACUUAUAGCAUCUGUUUUUAAAACGAAUGAGGGUCUUGUUAAUCGUGUUGAAGAUUUAGAGACACUCCUUCGAAAGCAUCGUAUUGAUAUUCCCAGGGUUAAUGAAGAUCUUUAUACCUAUAGUAAACCGAAAAAUGAAAAUUCUUCAAAGGCCCGAGAUGCUGAUGAUGUAAAGAAAGUUCAAGAUCAAGUACCUAUUAGUUUUAUGGAAGCAUCUCGAAAAGAGAUGAAUCUUGCACGUCUCUCGUUACAACGAGAACUUUUAAAUAGUGCUUUUGAUGAUAGGACAGCUUAUAGACUUCAGGUAAAUGGAUUACGGAAUGAAAAUUCUGCGCUUCAAAUGCAAAUUGAAUCAUUACAAAGUCAAGUUAUGGAUCUUGAAAGAUAUAUUCAUGAAAAACGUUUUUUGGCUCCCGGUCCAGACGAAACUGGUAUCCCACUAACUCCAAGACCAAGAGAUAUUCCUUUCGCUGUUCAAACAGAUCUUGGUAUAGAUUUAAAGAAAUCAACUGCAGAGGUUCUUUCAGAACUUGCUGCAGUUGGAACAAAUCUUAAACACCAACUUAAUUCAGCUGUUAUGACUCUUCGUCAAUUAUCAUCAAUAGUGGAAUGGAUAGAAAAUGAAACUAUGUUAAAAUCUGUAGAUCAAAGUAAUGCUCGAGGUGUACUUCCGACUUUUUCAACUGCGAUAUGGGACACAAUUCCUCAUUUUCUUCGAACCUAUGUUCAACCUGAUGUUCCUAAUCUUAAAUGGACUUCAACUGAAGUUGCAUCAAUUUUAUUCGAUUUUUUCUCAAAUUAUUUUUCAUUGCGAAAAUCUUGUCGUUUUACUCGAGAUUCAAAGAUGCUUACUCCUCGUGUAUAUCAAUUAUUUGAGAGGUGUCAAAAUCCAUUGGUUCGUCUUGAUGCAAGUACUCUUGAAAUUCAGCAAAGUGAGGAUAAUGUUCCAUUUGGUUAUGUUGUCUCUUAUUUUAUUGCACAAACACUUAAAAAAAGUAAUUCAGACCAUGGUACAAAUUUACUUCAACCAGGUACACUAAACCCAGCAUUUUUAUAUAAUGGUAAAAGUAUACCGGUAGAAAUGGAAUUUGGAAAAUAUGCUUAUAAUUUGUGGUAUUCUGCACAAUAUUAUAAGGAAGAAGAACCACUUUGUCAUUUAUUUGUUGAUAUUGUAGAUGGUAGAUUACCUAUUAAUCUUUUUGAGAUGAUGCAAAAAGUUUUACGAGUAGUAGAGGCACGUCUUCGUAAAUAUGAUGUGGAUGGAAGUAACUCUUUUACAUAUAAUAAAUUAGUUAGUUCUGUUCUUAAACUUGUUGCAGAUAUGGAUGCACAAAUUGGACGUUGUGCAAUUCUUGCAGUAAUGGAGACUUUUAGAUCAAAUAAUGCUCCCUUAAUUGGUGGUAGAAUUUUUAUUCCAGCUAUAUUAGCAGAUGAAUCAUGUGUAGAGAAAGAUAGUCCUAAACUUACUCGGCAUCGAUCAAUAGUAGGUAUGCGUAUUAUUCGUAAAGGUAAUAUCGUUGAACAACCUGAUGGAGCUUCAGUAUUAACACGUUUUUGGCGAAGAUUAAUUAUUAGACGUCAUGAAGAGAUUUACUCCUUAUUAGAAAAACUUCUUGGUCCACUUGUUGUGGAAAGUCAAGUGGUUAUUGGUUUAUUUUUACUUCCUAUUCCAAGUGCUUUAGAUGUUGUUAAAGAAUUUGAUGAAAAUGGGAUGAGUAUAUCUGAAGAUUAUCUGGCUUCAAGAAAUUCACUUAUUCCAAUGAGUUCUCAAUUAAGUUCUGUAGAAUCAACACAGAAUACGGAGGCACCAGAAGUUCCACGUUUUACAGAUAGAUACGUGAAAAUGCUUGCGGAACGAAGAACUUUAACUCAAGAUUUUAAAGGUGUUUCACUAGAACGUUUUCUUACAAAUAUAUUAGAAGGAGUUCAGCGACUAAGUCGAUCUGUUCACUUCCCAUUUAAUUCUGCACAACAAACUGAAGUAUCCUCAGUACCCCAACCAUCCCUUUUUACAGAUACAACAAAGGCAACCUCAGAAGGAAAGAAAUCUGGGCAAAAUAAAGAAGGUGGUGGCAACAAAAAGAAAAAUAAAUCUAAAGUAAAGGGUAAGAAAAAAAUAGCACAUUCCAAAACAAUGGAACGUAGGUUAAGUGUCUCAUCACAAUCUCCAGUUCCAGAAGCUGUACCAGAGGAUAUGACGUUAAACUCUGAUAGGGAAAUGGUGGAGUGGUAUGGGUUUUGUGCAACAAUGCGACAAAGUGUAUUUCUCUUUUCUGAAAAUAUCUUUCUUGAAGAACCUACUAAUCUCAUAGAGAGUAUAACCACAGUAGUUGAGUCGCGUGCAUUACCAGUGCUUUUGGCAGAAGAAGCAUCACCUUGCGAAAGUAAUAUUGGCACAGAGUAA